AUGACAGUAGGUACAUGGAAGUGGAAUACAAACGAUAGCACUUGUGGAAUCUGUCGAAAUGCUUUCGAAGCCUGUUGUCCAGAUUGCAAAAGUCCCGGUGACGAGUGUUCUAUCAUUCAGGGAACUUGCACCCACUUCUUCCAUAUGCAUUGCAUUUUCAACUGGCUACAUGCCCGUCAGAACGCCCCCACUUGUCCUCUUUGUCGUCAGGAUUGGAAAUUUGUUGAAUAA